AUGAAAAUCUUUUUAACUGGAGCUACUGGGUCUAUUGGAAGUUCAGUUUUGAAUAAUUUACUCUCUCAUGGCCAUGAGAUAACUUGCACAGUUAGAAGUGAAGAGAAAGGGCAAGCAAUAGCUAGCAAAAGUGACAAAGCUCACUACGUUCUCUUUGAUAUCGAUGCAGAUAAUGCUCAUCAGCUUGGAGAAGUUGCUGCAGGUUAUGAUGCAAUCAUACAUUGUUUACGUCAGAAGUCUUCUGAAGCUGAAGAUAUAACAAUUGAUGCCUUAAUACUUGCAGCCAGAAAAACAGCUGAAACUAAGCCGAUUACUCUUGUUUUUACUUCAGAUUUCGGAUUAAAUGGCAAUACCACUGAAAUGAUUGAUGAAGACCAUGAUGAUACUUCUCAUAGUUUUCCAUUUUCAGUUGAAAGACGUUUAAGAGAGCGAAAAAUAAUAAACGCAAGCACUGAAAAUCUCCAUGGAGUUGCUAUUAGGGUCUGCUGGACCUAUGGGAAGAGUUCUGUAGAUAAAUGGAUUAGAGCUUGCAAAUCAGAAAAUAAGAUUUUGGCUAUAGGCCAAAGCAAUCCUUAUAUACCUUUUAUCCACAUUGAGGAUUUAGCUAAUAUGUAUAGAGUUCUUAUAGAGGAAAGAGCUUAUGGAUUGUUUUUUGCUGUAGAGCCAGAGUCCCUAACUUUAGGGGAUAUGAUUGCAAAAGUGGCAGCAGCUGGAAAUAUUCAAGAAGUGGAAAGAGUAGACAGUCUAGAGAAGCAUAUUUCAGGACCAUAUGGAUUCUUUUUAUUUGGUCACACAAUAAACCAACAUUUUUAUCCAAAGAGAUUUAUUGAGCUUUAUGACUUUCACUUUGCUCAUAAAAUUUCUGACUGGAUAAGCUCAUUUAUUUUCUAA